AUGCCACUUCUAUAUAUUGUUGGUAUAACAUGCUUUAACUCCACAUUCUCUUCUUGUUUCGCAUUUUUAAAAUCGAAACAGGAUGAUGAUUACAAAUGGGCACUCAUUCGUGUUGCUCGUAUUUUUAAUGGUAUUCAAACACCUAAGUGCCACCAUCAUUUCCCUACAAAUGAAGAAUUAACAGAGUUCUUAAAAAAUUGGACUACUCUUAUAAAAUCUCAAACAGAAGAAGAAUUUAAUAAAAAUACUGUUCAUGAAAAAAUCUCUUUGGCUUUGGAGAACCAACACCAAGAAAUCCGAACUAAUAUUUCUCAAGAAAUGAUUAGAAUUUCCCAUGCCCAAAACCAACCAUUUUACUCACAAGUAGUUACAAAGAUAUCUAUAUUCGCACUAAGGAAGAGGCACCAAUUACUUCCACAAACACUAGCAGGAACUGAAGAAAGUCCUCUACAACAAAGGUGGCAAGAAUAUAGCCAGCAAUUUGACUCUUGGCCAUCCAAUCAACAAGAAAUGGUUCUGGAUGAAAUGUCAAACUUAUUCCAAGGGCCAGUUACAGUUGUGCAGAACCCACAGAUCCAACAUGUGAGAGGACGUCCAGUUGGAACAAAAAAUACUCAAUCAUCUACUCAAAGAGACCUAUCCACCUUUGAGUUAGAUGAUUCAGGAAGACAGAUCAGGAAAUGUGGUGUAUGCCAUAGAACCAGGCACAAUAGUAGAACAUGCCCUAAUAAUAGGGAACAGAAUGAAGCAUAA